AUGCCAGAAUAUGUCUACGCACUCCACGAUUUUGUGCCUGAACACGAAGACGAGAUAGCCUUCAAGGUCGGCGAGAGGAUAGAGGUGAUAGAGAAGGACGACGAGUUUGGCGAUGGAUGGUGGAAGGGUCGCAACGCAUCUGGCGCAGAUGGUCUAUUCCCACAAAGCUACACUUCACAGAAACCACCUUCCACGUCCAGUAUCCCUUCGCCCGAACGCCGUUCCGCACCCCCCUCCAAUGACAUGCUCAGCCAGAGCAUGCUGGGUGCGCCUGAGCUUCAGCCCCUACAAGAGGAGACAGAUCAGGAUGCACGCGUGCGCAAGUCGCCCGGGCAGAGCGAUGGCGAGAUCAUGCGGAAGACGAUGACGGACGUGCAGGAGGCGAUCGAGGCCCUCGGCCGACAGGACAACGACUCGCACAGCUUCGACUUUGGCAGCUUGCCCGGAUCCGACCACGAAUCGGAGGAGGAGGGCGGGUCGUUCGCCGACCCGCGCGACGCGCGGCAGAAGCUUGCUCUUCGUGCGCAACAGGCGAAUAAGGAGCGGUGGGCCAAGGAGAACGCGGACUCUGUGCCGGCGACGCCCCUGCGGUCGGUAGCGCCGCCGAUUGACGUGGAGAUGAGUGAUGAGAGCGAGGCAGAGGACGAGGACGAGGAACAUCUGGAGCUUCACCAUACACCACGACCCGAUGACGGCUCGCAGAGUCGAAUGCAGUCCCAUAUAUCGGAGGACGAAGCCGAGCACGAGGAAACGACCGACGCUGGUGGACCUCAGCCUCCACCUCCCGUAAUCACAAUCGACGAUCACAGUAUUCCGACGUCCUUGCCAGCGAGACAGAAUUCUAUGGGGAGCUCAGCGCACAUCGUACCCUCGGAAGAUUUCAUCGUCCCCUCCCCCGCCAUAGAUGAAUUUGACCUACCUACCGCUACUGCCGCGCAGGUGUCAUUCCCGGUGCCUAGUCCCGUCCCUAGCGUAGCCACACUCCCAGAACGCAGAGACGAGCCAGACGAGUUUACUGCCAAGGGCGGGCUGGGCAUGCUCCAAGAAGUCGCUACGACAUCAUCGACGCCUGGGCCCCCUGAUGUGGAGUCUACCACGCCGGUCCCUCAGGCUUUCGUCCCAAAUGCCGCGAUGCCCGUAGUGAGUCUGCCGCAUCCCGUCACUGCGACUCCAAGCGUGCAGACUGUUACGCCGACACCCAGUACGUUCCGCACCUCGCAGGAACUGCCGUUUGCGGCGUUGGGUAUGCCGUCGCCCAGCGGUUCGACAUUCUCGACGGGCAUUCAACAGACUCUCGUGACGUCGAGAAAUGUGUCUGGUUCUCCAUUGCAAGAACGAGCUAUUUCAGGCGCACCCGAUGCGUCGAGGAUACCGAGCGGGCACCCAUCCGAGUGGAGCGUUGAUGAGGUGGUGGAAUGGCUCAAGUCGAAGAGUUUUGAUCAGGGUGUCUGCGAUAAGUUUAUCGAGCAGGAAAUCACAGGCGACGUUCUGCUCGAGCUCGACGCUAACGUCCUCAAGUCCGAGAUCGGCAUCACUGCGUUCGGGAAGCGCAUUCGCAUCGUAAACGCGAUCAACGAGCUGCGCCGCCCGCUGUCGCUCUCCGAGUCUGAUCACCCCGCUCCACUCAUGACGCCGCGCUCACAAUCCCAAUCGCUGGCCUACUCGCACUCGCAUUCCGCGUCGAUGCAGAGCUCCGCCCAGUCGUGGGCGAAUUCGCCGCUGUACACCGCCCCCGGGUUCAGCCCCAUCAGUUCGGUUACGAGUACCGAAAGCCCGCAGUAUGCGGGCGACCUGCCUGGCAGCCCUGUCAAGAAGAAUGGAUUCCGCGUGUCCGACCCGGCUUCGAUCCACCAGGUUUUACCAGAACAGGCCCAACCAUUGAACGAGAAGGCGAAGGACAAGGCCGUUGCGGGUCUUGGCCUUGGCUUCCCCUCGCCGCCUGCGACGGUGAACGGUAAGGAACCGAAGAGCCGCCCCGCGCAACUCCUGCUGUCCCCCAGCGACGGCGCGCUCGGCAUCAGGGCUGUCAAUGACGACCAAGCGUCUGAAGCCGCCGAGGAGGAACACACGGUGAUGAGCGAUACGGAGAUCACACGCAGCAAGAGCAAGCGCCUCCACCUCUUCAGCCGUUCCGACUCUGCGUCAAUCAGGGAAAAGGCGCAUUCGUUCAAAGAUUCAAUAAGAAGUCAUUCGAAGGAACCCGUGUCGCCGCAGUCGAACGGGACAUCGCCCGGUGAGUCCAAGCAGGAGUCGGCGGAUACGGAGUCUCUGGCUUCGACAAAGAGGAGGCCGAGGGCCAAGAAGGGCGACGACGAUCGGAAACCGUCUGAUCGCCUGAGUCUGUUUGGCUCGUCGUUCCCUGCGACGCUGGGCAUGGCACGUAAACCCCCACCACGACUCUCCGGUGCGGUUGAGAAGGCUGCCGAAGUAGAGAAGCACCUGGCGUCAACGUUCUCGAAAAUGCGGGAAAAGAGGGCGUCAAGUCGGCCCUCCACGGCUGAUGGCUCGCGGAAGGAGAAGAGCUUGAAGGAGUCCUUCCCCGUGAUUAAGGAAACGACAGAGUCCAACGAGAUAAAGGAGAAGGAGUCGAGCCCGACGCUCCUCCGCAAACGCACCCCGUCAACAGUCGAUGGCGCCUCUCGCCCUACGACCUCUGUGAUACAGCCUGGAGUACCGUUACUGAAGGCUGGACAGAGUAUACUCGAGCAGAUCGGCACACCAGAUCACAACGGGUGGAUGCGCAAGAAGGGCGUUCGUUACAACUCCUGGAAGUUGCGGUAUUUCGUACUCAAGGGCCCGCACCUCUAUUGGUUGCGCAGCAACAGUAAGACUGAGACGAAGAUCAAGGGGUACGUCAACAUUAUAGGCUAUCGUGUUGUGGCCGACGAGAACGUCGAUCCUGGGCGAUAUGGCUUCCGCAUCAUCCACGACACAGACAAGACUUAUUACUUCAGCUCGGAGGAGCAGAUGGUGAUCCGGGAAUGGAUGAAGGCGCUCAUGAAGGCCACGAUCAGCCGGGACUAUACGAAUCCCGUUGUAUCGUCGUGCAAUGUCCCCACUAUCCCGCUCACUGUCGCGCAGGCGAUGAACCCGGCUCCGCGCCCACCCUCACCCACGGCACGCGCCGCAACACAGAAGGCGCUCCGCCGCGAGAACCCCAACCAACUAUCGAGCCGGGAUGCGCAGAUCUUGCUCAUGGGCCUGCCUGCGAAGGACAAGGCUUCCAAUAACGAGCGCGCUCGACUGGACUCUUUCUUCACGAACGACACGGUCUCGACGACCGGUACGGAGCCAGCGUCGCCCCCGAGGAUAGCGCAGCUAUCCAAGUCCGCCGCGCCACCACGCCCAUCGCGAGAGAUACGCAGAGCGAACUCGGCCCAGCCCGAGACACCCCUCGACGCCGACCUGAUGGAUUGGGCGAACUCGCGGCUGCCAGACUCGUUGCAGAUCAGCAAUCCCGCAGGGCCCCUGUACGGUGGUUUGGCGAUCCUGAGGCUAGCGGAGAGCAUCAAGGGUGAAGCGUCGUCACCUCCGGUACCGGACUCGGCCUUCCCUUCGGGACCGAACGAUGACAAGCUGGAUGGGCUGUUCCGGCUGUUCGACUUUUUGCUGGACAACGACGUGAAGAUGGGAGCUGUGAGCAUCAACGACAUCCGGCAAGGGAAGCGGGAGAAGGUCGUGCAGCUGCUGCGUGCGUUGAAGACGUGGGACGACAAGCGGCGCGCGGUCGCGCAGACUGUGUCGGGCAAGACGUCUCCGACGCUGUCGUCGUUCGCCGGAUCGCAGGGAUCGCCACGUAAGCGUCACCGUGAAGGGCGCGCGAGUCGGUCAGUCCUCAUCGACAUCGACGAUCAGCGAGAGCGCGCGGAGCGGAUCCCGUCAACAAACUCUACGAUGAGCGUGAAUGUCGAAUCCAUCGAAAGAGCCCUGCUCGCUGCGAAGUGGGAUAACCAACUCCAGCCCGACGCCGCGCCGUCCGUGGUCGGCAUCGUGAAAAACGUUAUCGAGGGAGCGUUCCGCGAUGUGCUCACCUCACCCUCUGCACGGGCGCUCUUUACAUCGGCAAGCGCGAUUGCAGACAGGCCUGUAGCUGAGUGGUUCUCCUUUACAUCCGCCCAACCAGAUUUCACUGUCGAGGAAGAACUGCUGCGCCUCGCGCUUGCGAUAGCGUGCCUGCGUGCGUUCGUUCAGGCCAACUGGACGGGACCGGACUUGGACUUCAAGCCACUCGAUGUUAUCUCUGUCUCCUUGCCCCCUUCUCCGGGCUCGUCUUCGCCUCCAACCACGCCGGUCACGGAAGAGGUCCUCCAGCAGAAGGCGAUCGCCGAACUCUCGUACGGCGGCGAGCCCGCGUACCACCUCGCUGAGGUGCCCGUCUUCCUCCUGCUCGCCAAGCUCCUCCUUGACCUUCCGUAUACGCAUUGCGUCUCCGUGCCAUGGUGGAGGAUGCGCGCAUGGCUAGUUCACCUCCAGGUGCUGGACGAAGCUGCGCCGGUUCCCCCUGACCUUCUGCCCUCGGUCGAGAUAUUAGGGCAGAACUUUUCUUCGUACCCUGAUCUAGCCGGCAGUCUUCUGUUGGAGGAGGGGAUCAUGAUGCACCUCCUGGGACAUGACAGGAAAGCAGCCGAAUAUUUUGUUCGAGCUGCCCGUGCGACGCAGCUCCAGUACGAACUUACUGGUGCCCUCGGAAAGCGGACAAAAUUCCAGCAACAUGACAUUACUCAGCUGGUGCUACUUGCAGAAUCUCGCAAGAGGAACGAUGACACUAACGACGAGAAAAAAGAGGUCGAACUCGCGUUGUCCACCAAACCCCAAGCAGACUCUGCACUCCCCGAGACACUUUCCCUCAACGACGACACCCUCCUCGAGCAGACUCAGUUUACGUCUUCCUCCUCAUCGGCUGCCGCACCAGGCUCCCGCCUCGCACACCUGGACCCAUCCGCCCAGCCGGCGCUACACCCUCUCGACCAGUGCAUCCUGCUCUCGCUCUGCCUCAACAUCAGCAACACCUCCCCCGCACACGGGCUCACCGCCGAGCAAAUGUCACCCUACGUCGCCCGCGUGCUCGCCCACCCGCGCAACUGGUCCGUGCACACCAUGGCGCUCCUCCUGCGCUCGCGCCUCGAGGCGCACCGCACGCGCACCGUCGAGCGCUCGACGCUGCAGCUGCAAGCGCUCGUCGACCAGAUGCCCACAGCAGACUCGCGCGCGGCGGAGCGUCUCCAGUACGUGCACGCGCUCCCGCUCCCGAGCAAGUGGGCGCUGGAGCAGGAGCUCGCGCGCCGCUUCCUCGCGCUCGGCGUCGUCCGCUCCGCCCUCGCCAUCUUCGAGCGCCGCGAGAUGUGGGAGGACGUCGUCCGCUGCUGGCAGAGCAUGGAGCGCCCUGACAAGGGCGUCGCGAUCGUGCGCGACCUCCUCGAGGGGCGCAAAGCGGAGGCAGACGCGGUCCUCUCGCGUGGCAAGGACGUCUCCGCCGCGCGCAGGCAGACGCUGGACGCCCUCCGCGAGGCGAAGCUAUGGUGCCUCCUUGGCGAUCUCGAACCGGAGCACGCGCUGGAGCAUUAUACGAAGGCGUGGGAGGUGUCAAAGGACUCGUCUGGCCGCGCGAUGCGCUCUCUCGGCGGGUACCAUUUUGCAAGAGGGGACUACCCGAAUACCGUGAAGUGUCUCAGACGUGCGGUCGCGAUCAACCCGCUAUUAGCUCGCUCGUGGUUUAUUCUGGGCUGCGCGUACGUCCGGAUGGAGGACUGGGAGGGUGCACGCGACGCGUUCACGCGGUGCGUCACGAUCGAUGACGAAGACAGCGAGAGCUGGAAUAAUCUGGCCAGCGUGUACUUGCGCAUGGGCGAGAUCGGGAAAAACGUGGACGUUGUUGAAGAUGAAGAUGAAGAAAGUGUCGAUACUGAUGAGACUAAAAAAUCAAAGCAGACGGCGCCGUUGGACACUGCAGAAAAGACAAUCCCGUUCAGCAACAAAAUACUCGCCUUCCGCGCUCUCAAGCAGGGCCUCAAGUACAGCUACGAGAACUGGCGGAUGUGGUCCAACUACAUGAUCGUCGCGAUGGAUGUCGGUGAGCUCUCAGAGGCGUGCCGUGCGCUGGCUCGCGUCGUCGAAGAGCGCAGCGCUAAAGACGGCGCAGCAUCCGUCGACGAAGACGUGCUCGAGCGGCUUGUCGAUGCAGUCACGCGUGCGCCGGCGGACCCGAAGGACGCAGUUGAGGGCACCGAAACGUUCGGAGAUGCCGUGCACAACCCGAACGAGGGCCACGGGCUCCUGCGACGCGUAACGGACCUAUUCGAUCGCACGAUCCUCCCGCGCGUAUCGUCCGAGCGGAUAUUCCGCGCGCGAGCGCGGUUGCUUACCUGGCAGGGGCACUGGGCUGACGCCCUUGCGACACACUUAGACGCGUACCGCUGUGGCACGGCCGGGACGAUGGAGAAGGGUGAGACGGAUAUUGACCGAUGGCGCGAGGCCGUACACGAGGUCGAGGAGAUCGUCGCGGUGCUCCACAAUUUUGGCCCGCGGGUCGAGGAGGACAAGUGGCGGUUGCAGGCACGCAGCAUCGUGCGGACGUUCAUGGGCCGCACGCGCGAUUUUGCAGAUGAGCCGGAAUGGGCGCGUUUGGAGGCGCUGUUGGAGGAGUUGAACAACGGCUCCGACAACGGCUCUGACGACGUGGACGACGGCUUCGACGACGAGAUGCACGACGGUCGCAAGAUCAACGUGGGUGUACUCGGUGCAACGGGCACCGUCGGGCAGCGGUUCAUCACCCUCCUCGCAGAACAUCCUUUCUUUGUGAUCCAUGCCCUGGGCGCAUCACAACGCUCAGCGGGCAAGCCAUAUCCCCGCUCGGUCCUCUGGAAACAGACUUCACCCAUUCCCGCCGUCGUGCGCGACAUGAUCGUUUGCGAGUGUCUCCCAGAAUAUUUCCGCGAGUGCGACAUUGUUUUUUCUGGACUCGAUGCUGACGUUGCAGGCGACAUCGGUGAGCGCAUCUCCCCGUUUCCGGGUCUGUAUCUAAGCUCAAAGCAGCUCUCAGAGGCCAGCUUUCGCAGGGCAGAGCUCGUCGUUUUUUCCAAUGCAAGAAAUUUCCGCCGUGAUCCUCACGUCCCACUUAUCGUCCCUCUCGUGAAUACGGCCCACUUCGCCAUGGUACGCCAGCAACAGGCCCUCCACUCUCCACCUCUCCGCAAAGGCUUCAUCGUGACCAACGCAAAUUGUUCCACUACCGGCGUCGUCGUCCCCCUCGCAGCCCUUGAGCGUGCCUUCGGCCCGCUCGAGUCCUGUAUGGUCACCACUCUCCAGGCAAUCUCCGGUGCUGGCUACCCCGGCGUACCUUCCCUCGACAUCAUCGACAAUGUCGUCCCCUACAUCGCCGGCGAGGAAGAGAAGAUGGAGUGGGAGACCCUCAAAAUCCUCGGUGGCAUCGCCGACGCCGACGAUGGCACGCGCACCUUCGACAUGCACGCGCGCCAUCCUCUCCGUGUCUCCGCCGCAUGCACUCGCGUCCCCGUCGUCGAAGGCCACACCGAGUGCGUCUCCAUACGCUUCGCUCGCCGCCCGCCACCGAGCCCGCAGCAGGUCCGCGAGGCCCUGCAGGCGUUCCAGUCUGACGCGUACUCCAUCGGCUGUCCCUCCGCGCCCCGCCACACCAUCUUCGUCCAUGAGGACAUCGACCGCCCCCAGCCGCGGCUGGACCGCGACUACCAGCGUGGCGCGGGUGUCAGUGUCGGCCGCGUCCGCCAGUGUCCCGUGCUCGACAUCAAGUUCGUCGUCCUCGCGAAUAACGUCGCAAUCGGCGCUGCCACGAGCAGCAUCAUCAAUGCCGAGUUUGCGGCUCUGGCUGAGAUGGCGGAAGCCUCUACCUCCUCUGCGCUUUCCGCCGCAGAACAAGAUGCCCCACGCGCAGCCACUUUCCAGCGGCUACACCCCAAAGCCUACCUUGAGCGAUUCCUCGCAGAAAACGUCCGCCCCGACGGUCGCGACCUUGACGGAUGGCGCCGCGUCUCGCUCAACGUUGGCUCAGUAUCCACCGCGGACGGCUCCGCGCUCGUGCGCCUCGGCGCGACGGCCAUCGUCUGCGGUGUAAAAGCCGAGAUCGCAGAGCCCGAGCUCGACAGCCCCGAGAAUGGCUUCCUCGUGCCCAACCUCGACCUUCCAGCGAUGUGCUCUCCGCGCUUCAAGCCCGGCCCGCCGACAGAGGAGGCGCAGGUGCUCUCGGACAGGCUGAAUGACGUGCUCGUAUCCGCGGGCGUCAUAUCUCUUCCCUCGCUCUGCAUUGCCCCCGGCAAAGCGGUAUGGGUGCUCUACGUCGACGCGAUGUGCAUCAACUACGACGGCAACGCCUUUGACGCGGCCCUUCUCGCGAUGAUCGCCGCCCUCCAAAACACGCGCCUCCCGAAGGCGACCUACGACGAAGAGACGGGCCGCACCGUCUGUUCGCGAAACACGAGGAGCCCGCUCCAGCUCAAUCGCCGUCCAACCUCCGCAUCAUUUGGGAUAUUCGACUCAACACACGUCCUCGCCGACCCGACAUCGUUCGAGGAGCCGCUAUUAGACACGACACUUUCCGUAACGUCAGACGAAAAUGGUGCCAUCAUCUCUGUCACACAGUUGGGGCUGGCAAUGGUAGGCAAGCAAGACGUGCUCAUGGGAUGUAUCACCGCUGCCAAGGCCCGUAGAUCAGAGCUUGGAAACAUCUAUAAUACAUCUUGA